CGUCGUAUGUAACCGCCGCGCGCGCGCCACCGUAAUCAUCGCCGUCGUCGUCGUCUUCGUCGUCCUCUUCUACUGUCCGCCACCGCAUCCGCCGCCGCCGCCGCCGUUCUCUUCUCGCCCGUUACAAUACGAAGUGUAUGAAACUGUAUCGCCGAACAAAUUAUUAUUAUUAUUAUAUCAUCAUCAUCACUGCGGUGCAUCAGUAUUAUACCUAUUUACGCACGUAAAAUCAUUAUUAUUAUUCAUAUUAUUAACUAUACAAUAUUACGUACGGGCCGGUCUUUGCUUUUGGCCGCCGCCUCCCCUCGUUUUCCGUGGACGUCCUCCUCACUCGAUUUCGCUCUGGCGGGCCACACGUACUCGACCUGCAGGAUCAACAGCAGCAAAAUACUAUACCGAAUAACAACUACAUCAUUAUAAUAUACCUAACCGGUAAACCUAACGACAAACUUUUUACGCACACAUCGCGAGAUUGCAGUUGCCUCGCUAGUGCAGCAGUUGCAUCGUCCACGGUAUCGUAGAUAAUAUAGUACGUCGUUGUAUCGUCGUCGGUACGCACGUGCGCGCCGCCCGAUGAGAUAACGGUACGUGAUAACGCGCCGCAUCGUCAUGGACUACUCGUACCUGAACCAAGCCAACUUCGAUGGUCUGACCGGCACCACCACGGCCGCGUCCAACAUGGACCACGCGGCCAUGGGAUACGGUGACCUGACCGCGUGUGGCCAAAUGACGCACGCCGCGUACCGGUUCGGUCCCACUGCGUCCAUGGCCGCCCGGUCGUACAACACGGCAAUGGGCCAUCACCUAUCAGCCGCCGCGGCCGCAGCGGCCGUCGCGUCCGGCAACGGCCACAACGGCACCGGCGUCAGUUCCGCCGCUGCUGUAGCAGCCGCAGCCGCCGCCCGUGGACACCACCACGGUCAUCACCAGGACCAUCACCCGGGGCGGCCAACCAUGUUCUCGACCGCAAUGAACUUGCCAGGUGGGUUAGCGGCGUAUAAAAGUCUUCCGUAUACCACUCAUGACAGUAUUCUUACGGAAAAAAGGAAACAAAGGAGAAUACGGACUACUUUUACUUCAGCACAGCUGAAGGAAUUGGAAAGAGCUUUUCAGGAAACACAUUAUCCUGAUAUAUAUACCAGAGAAGAGAUCGCCAAACACAUAGAGCUUACCGAAGCCAGAGUUCAAGUGUGGUUUCAAAACCGCCGGGCGAAAUUCCGAAAACAGGAAAGGCUGGCCCAGCAAAAAUCGUCGCAAUCCAGCAGCAGUAGCACAGUGGACGCGACCAGCAUAAAAACCGAACCGAAACAAUGCGGUCAAUCAAAAGACGGCAAGCCUGGCACACCGUCCACGCCAGGCAGCAUAUCUUCCAACAACGGUUCUACCGACAUGAAAUCGGUCAAUGGAUCAGCGAUAAAAAUGUCUGAGCAGUCGGAAGGGGUGAACAACAACAAAUGGCUUUUGGGCCAGGGCCAGAAUUACACGCAGCUCCACCACCAGCUUCAGCAACAGUGCGGUGGUGGCAGUGGCGGCGGCGGUGGAGGCGGCGGUGGCGGCGGUGGCGGAAACGGUUCUCCGGGAAACAAUUCGCCGGCUCACAAGAUGAACGGCGGCGGCGGUGGUGGCACACACAAUCACAAUCACCACCAUCACCACCACUCGCCGACGUCGCAUCACCAACAGUUCGCUCACCACCCGUUCAGCCUGUUGGGCGCCACCGGACCGGCCGGCUACCUGCUCGGUUCCGACUCGCUCAAGGUCACCGGUGGCGGUGCGGGCGGCGGACCAGCCGGGUCCAACCACGUCUUGUUCUGAACUACGCUGCAUUGAACUGCGGGCAAACUUGGUUACUACAGUAAUAAUAUUAGGUAUAAUAUUAUUAAAUCAUAACAAUAAAAAAUAUUCACAACAAUGGUAGGUACCUACACUAAAACUUCGAAGAGUUGCUGUGCAGUGCCUACAUACACGUGCUGCACGAUUAUCAACAAUCGCAUUUCACCAUUUUGUACAUAAUAUUAAUAUUAUAAAUAAUAAUAUAAUAUACAAAAAUCAUUUAUAUUAUAUUGUAUACAGUGUUGUUAAUAGAUACUAUAAGCAAAUAUUGUCUUAUACGAGUUGUGAGAAUAAACCAUAAAGUUUAUAAUGUAUACUUUACCUUUAUUUUGAUAUUUUAAUUUAUAUUUUGUUUUCCUCUCAUUGAAUAUAACAAUGUUUCAAGUAGGUAUUAAUGGUAUAAUAUGAGAUUCGGUAGGCUUAGGUAAUUAUAUACCUACAUAAUAAUAAUAUAAUAUCACGAAAGGGUAUGAUAUCGAAGACCGCCAUAAGUCGUGCGGUGUUAUACAGUUGUAACUUAAAAGUUUAUAUUAUAUAUUAUCGUAUCCGUUGCCGUUGGGGAUGACUGUGUUGUCCAGGAGUGGAUCUAUGAGGGGGUGUCUUGUAGCCCCCACACAUUUAAGCUUUCUAGAUCCACGCCAGGUGUUGCCGUGGGGGAUGACUGUAUUGUCCGGGAGUGGAUCUAUGAGGGGGUGUCUUGUAGCCCCCACACAUUUCAGCUUUCUAGAUCCACGCCAGGUGUUGCCGUGGGGGAUGACUGUGUUGUCCAGGAGUGGAUCUAUGAAGGGGUGUCUUGUAGCCCCCACACAUUUCAGCUUUCUAGAUCCACGCUAGGUGAUCGUCGGUUUUGUCCGAAAUCGCGGGCAUAAUAAUAUCCAAAAAUAAUAACACCCUUGAUAAUAUUAUAUUCCUAUUAUAUAAAAUACUUAGCGAUCACCACGUGUUUAUAUUAAUUUAUAAUUUAUUUGUAGCCCGCGACUGUUUUCGGUCGGUAUUGUGCGACAACCAUUUAUACUAUGUGCCUGUCUAUAUAUUAUAUUAUAGAUAUAAGGUAUAAUGUAUAUAAUAUAUUAUAUAGACACGGGGCGGGUACGUUGAGGCCAACCCCAAAAAGUAUAUAAUAUAAACACGCCCCUCGAAUUUCCCGUUCUAUAUAAGUAUAGGAGAAAACGACGAACAUCAGAGUGCACUUUGAUGGUCGAUAAUACGCCACCCGCAUAUAGUGUAUCGUUUUGUGGGGUUAAUCGUUCGAGUGUAUAAACAUAUUAUGUAACCGAUUCGGUAACCGUUCGGCCGUCCUCUGCAGUGUCGUGUUAAGCGAGGGAGGAAAGGUCAGGGGAAGGGGCAGUAUCAAAUUUUUUGGAAGCACCGACAUAUUUAAUGUGUGUGUCUGUAUGUGUGAGUGUGUAUAUGGGUUUGAGUGAAUUUUUUAGCAAUACUUCCUUCAACAAUAUUAAUUAUAAGAAAACAGGAUUACAAGAAAAAAAAAAAUUUUAAUUUAAAGUUUUUACUUGAUUCGUUUGCGCUCAGUAAGUGAGUAUGAGUAGAUGAAUGAUAAGAAAUGGCGACUACCAUCAGAUUUCCACGCGGGUAUCAAAUUAGUUAUCAGUGGUAAUUUUCAAAAUCACCUGUUUGAGUAUACCUAAGGCCCAAUAAUAAAAUAUAUUAUGGUGAGAUAGAACUUAUAGUUGUUGUUUUAACUAACCGUGUGAAUUUUUGUCCAACCGGCGAAAGACAAUCGAUAAAAAUCCGUGAUUUUCAAAUCGAAUUUUUAGAAAAAGCUCCGGUCCACUGCAUAGAUUAUACACCUAGAACGCGUUGGGUUCUCUUAUCCGAUCGAGCAGUGUACUGAUAGGCGAUAAGUAACUGUUAGGUUUACAUAAUUAAAAAAUUGAUCUUUAAAAACUAAUGUUGUUAAUUUUAAAAACUUUACAAUAACAGUAAUAGUCUUACAAUAUUUUUAAAUGGUUAUACAAUUAUGCAUACGUAAAUUAUUUUUUUACGUUGCCAAGUUGUAUUAUAUAAGUCGGUGUCUCUUUAGAAGUUGAUCAUGAUAUUGCUGGUGUUGUCUGUGUUUGGACCUAAUGUUGCGUCUGCGUUGGAAGGCGUAUCGGGUUUUAUAUAUCGGUGGCAUUCUGUUGAUAUAAUAUGUUAAGUGGUAACUGUUAGGUUAACACCUAAGUCUUAACACUACGGUGGUUCGGUUGUAGCUCCUUGGCCUUGUGUGGUAUACUUGUACGACCCAUCCGGAGAUACAGGUCAAUCACAUACGACCUACGGUUUCAUUGUUUUCUGUUUGAACUGUCGCAUUAUGCAGGGGAGAUUAAUAUUAUUCAAGAUCGAAGAAAAAACGUGAUCGCGCACGUAAAACCAUCUUUAAAAACACCGCUGAAGCGUUAAACCACGGUAGUAGUAGUGUUGCCAAGACGAGAGUAGCGAAGUGCAUGUAGGUAAUGAUCGUUGGAUAUUUUUGGAACUUUUCUUUUUCUUAUUUUUUACUCAUCUUUUUAUUAAUACCCAAUAUCAUGCGGGUACGACGAACCGUGUCGUCAUAUUAUUUUUAUUAUUAUUUUUACGAUGCGAUAGGAUUAGGAAACGUCUAAAAAUACGUACAAAAUUGCCGCGGUAUAAACUACGCGAUAAAGGUGUCCGCACAAAUCGUUUUGCACGGUAUAGCUGCUGCAGUCGUGGGCGACGAUCUUCCAUAUUAUAAUCAUCAACGAUGGUGUUGAACUAUAUUGACUUUUUCAGAAGUUUUUUUUUUCGCGGUACAGCUGCUGCGGUGACGUUGGACGUUAUAUAGGCUUUUUCCAGGGCCGAAUUAAGGCAUGAGCAGUAUAAUAUUAUUACGGGCUACAGCAUAUAGAAUAGCGAUUGAUCGCGGAUUUCCCACAAAAUACAAACUGUUAAAAAAAAUUGUUAUGAUUACAAAAUUCUACUACACUAUUAUAGGUUAUAGUUAGAUUGUAUCCGUACCUAAGAUCGUGAAUAGUCGUCGUUUAAUUUAAAUUGUUUAUAUCAGUCGAGGCGUCGGGCCAUACCGCAGUGCGAGUGUUACAUAAUUAUACGCGUUAAUUAAUAAAAUAAAUCCCAUGAAAUUUUAUGUUAUUAUUGUCUUACUAAAUAUUUCCACAUAAUACGGGGGGCACCCACAAUAGAAAUGUACAAAUAGUUAAAAAUAUUAUUUUAUUAUUUUAACAAGUUGAAUAAGUAUGGGCUUAUGUUUAUGUAUAUUAAUUGAAAAAUUUAAAAUUCUUGAACAAAAAAAAUUUAAGAACACAAUUAAUUAAAUAUUAAAAAAAACAUCUUUACAGAGUUCUAUAGUAAAAUAUGGGAACACCAAAUUGUUCACAUCAUACGGCCGCCGUAGGUCUUUCCGGGCAUGAGCUCUUCGUAUUAUAUGGACCAGCGUCACAUUACCGCAGAUAUAGGCUUAUUAUAUUAUUAUAUAUUACACAUACUACUAUACUGAGUAGUUAGAUAGGUUAACUGUUCAGAGUGGCAAACUCGGAGUGCACCACACAAUCGACUGGAAAAAUAGUGGAAAACAACAAUAGUUAGAAAAUAUUACAUCGUAGGCAGUUUAAAAUACAUAAUAAAAUAUUGCACGUUUAUAACCUCACCUAUAAUAUUCUGAAAAGUGGAAUACCGAUCGUAAAAUAUUAUUUUAUACAAUAUUAUUCGAAUAUACGAUACAGUUGACUAAUUAUUAGUAAUUACUUAACGCACAUAGGUACACAUUUUCUAACCAAUUUUGUCGUAUCCUCCUCGUCAAUACAACCGACCAUCAUAAUAUUAUAACAUUUUUAAUAAUUGUUUGAUUUUUUUUUUUUUUUGGUUUUUGGUAUUUUUAUUUCUUAUUGUUUAUCGUAGGUAAAAUAAUUAAUAAUAUAGCGAUAUUUAUUGUAUCGAACGUAUAGUAUAUAAUAUAUUACUAUUAUUAUUAUUAUUGUAAUUUCUAUUCGUCCGAAAAAUAGAAAAUAAAAUUAAUGAAUACAUGUAUAAUAAUAUUAUAUAAAUAUGUUUAAUAUGUGUACGAGUAUAUAGAUAAUAAUAUUAUGUUAAUUACAUUUUUUAUGUUGUGUUUACUUUUGCAGUAUUAUUGUAAAUAUACUAAAAUAAUAUAAAUAAAAGAUAAUAUUAUGUAAAAUGUAUUGAUGAUAAAUUUGUGAA